UAUACUAGGCUUAAAGACCUUAUCGACGAGCGCGGUAUCUUACCUAAAGAUAUAUAUAAUAUAGAUAAGACAGGCUGCCGUAUUAGUAUUGCAAAAGAGCAGUACCUAUACACCAAAAAUAGACAUACAGUCUUUAUCUAUAACGCCAACAAUCGCGAGCUUAUUACACUUAUUAAGUGUGUCCGGGGCACAGGCGAGGUCAUUCCGCCUCUUAUCAUCGUUAAAGCUGCUACUAUAAUAGAGCAUUGGAUCGUAGAUCUACCUAAUGAGUAUCUUGUAGGCGUGUCUAAUAGUGGUUAUAGUAACGACAAACUUGCAUACGCCUAG